AUGAAGUGUCAGAAAGUUGCUGGACCUGAGCUGCCUGAGAGUCAAUUUCCCUGGAAGCAACACAAAGCAGAGCUUCCUGGGAGAAGACACAAUGCCUCCUAUUGUCCCUGUCACUUCCCGUCCACCCUCCUGGAGUUUAAGUGUCUACCCAGGAGCCACUGCCCUGUGCGAAGGCUGUUUGCCGAUGCCCAGCUGUGGUUUCCAAAACCCCCGUGAGAAGUAGUUUCUGUCCACAGUCACUGUUUCCAGACUGGCCAGGCCAUCUGCAGAGGAGAGGCCUGGCCCAGGGAGACCAGGAAGAGGCCCUGCUUUGAAAGGACCCUGGUGGCUGGCGAUGUCUCAUGGGUAGCUGGGAGGCAGCUGAUGCCAGCCAUGCUGGACAUGCUCUGGGCAGCGGACAGGGUGGCUCAAGUCCCCGUGGCACCCUUCCAUGGAAAGACCCCAGGAGGCUCCUGAGGGCCCAGGUCCCGGACAGAGGACCAAGUGUGGGUUAGCAGUCAGCUCUCAGAACGUGCCUGGAAAACACACACCCAGGUCCUAAAGAUGAGUCUCAUUCCUACCUGGGCAAGAGUGGAGUAA